UGUUAGUGACAGACGAAAAGUGCUGUUAUGGAGCUUACCGGGAUUUCACAACAUGCGUACAUCUAUUUUCGUUUCAUCAUAUACCCUGAAUAUUCUGCAAAGUGUCACACUUAGAACUGGGUUUCGUUCUGUCUACAGGAAGAUGGCUUCCUUUCCGCAAACAUCUGGACAGCAGUUUGAUUUUCUCUUAGUUUUAGAUUUUGAGGCAACAUGUAUCGCGAGGGGAGAGCGACUUCAACCUCAGUCUGGCUGAUUACAGAAUAUGUCUCCUUGCAAGGAAAUCAUUGAGUUCCCGUGCCUCAAGGUGAACGCCCAGACAGGAGAUAUCGAGUCACAGUUCCACCAGUAUGUGAAGCCGCGUGUUCAUCCUCAACUCACAGACUUCUGCACAGAGCUCACAGGCAUAAUCCAGGACAUGGUUGAUGGACAGCCCCAUCUUGAAGCUGUGCUUGAGAUGUUUGACGAAUGGAUGACAAAGGAAGGGCUGCUCGACGGGAAGACGACAUCGGCCUUUGUAACCUGUGGGGACUGGGAUCUCCGCACCAUGCUGCCAGGACAGUGCCGCCAUUUCAACAUUGAACCGAAACCGUACUUCAGCCAGUGGAUCAACAUCAAGAAGAGUUGUGCGGAGUCCACGUCGGUGUUCCCCAGGGGGAUGAUUGGAAUGCUGUCCCUGUUACAGCUGCAGCACCAGGGCAGACAUCACAGUGGAAUAGACGACUGCACCAACAUCGCUGCCGCCGUGAAGGAGCUGAUCAGAAGGAAGUAUGUGUUCAAGUACACGGGCCAGCUGAAGUAGUGGGACUACAGUCACAAGCUGACACAAGAUAACCGAACUGCGAAGAACUGCUUUCUGUGAUACCAAUAUUCUUGUUUGGGGAGUAUUGACAACUCGUUUGAAUGAGUGAGAACCUAUAUUUUCCACUUCAUGAGAGAUGUCGCUGUCCACCUUAAGCAAUAUCAACAUGAAUAUCCGACAGCUAUGACCUUAUCUGCUUAUGUUGAUUCACUGAAGUAAUGUGUGUCUUCCUAUCAUAAGGGUGCUGCAGUGCAAUUACUGCUAUGAACCAGUCUGUAUCAUCUAAUCUUGCAGCAUGAGGGUAAUGUGUUGGCCACAUUGUUAAAGCUGUAGAUCGGUAAACACCUCUUGCUGCUUUGUACCUUAAGCAGAAUAGUAACAUGAUGUGCGUAUGUGAUGUGGCGUGAAUGUCCAAGAGUCGGGUUUAUUGAGAAAUGUGUGACAGGUUGUGUAACAGGUGAAGAGUCGGUGAACUUGCGGCUGUUUUUUGUGAACAAUAUUCCAGUUAUAUCACGACGUGUCGUCUUAUUGUGGGAGGAAAGCCUGAAGUGAUGCAUGUCUGAGACAUUUACCACCUUGGUCAAGCCCACGGGCAUGAUGCUGAGAAACCAAGAACCAUAAUCUAGGUGAACAAGGAUUCAAACCCACAAUCAUAGGUUUCUGGCACACUCAGGAAAAGCAGUGCCUCAGACGACUUGGCCACCCGUGCCCUGACAGGCCAAUGAGAUAGCGAGAUUGAAUGAGAUAUUCUAUUUGCAAGUCAUCCCGCUUCCUUGGAGACUUUCUACUUUAGACUGUAUUUAUCAUAUUUGAAUAAAACAUUCAACCCAA